UUGAAGGGAGAGCAGAGCGGCGGCGGCGACGACGGCCAUCUUAGAGCUACCGUGGUAACCGGGACUCAUCUUCUGGAUUUUAAUUUUCUUGUUAGAGAAACAUUUCGCCUGACUGACGAGGGAAGAAGAAGGUUGUCUUUUACUUCGCCGCGGUUGAACUCGAAGUCGGGAUGCGGUUCCGAGGGAAUACACAAUUUGCAUCCGCUGUCGGACUGGUCCUCGGACUAUUAUGUGCGGUGGAGGCAGCUAAAGUCAAUAAGCAUAAACCAUGGAUUGAGACGACGUACCACGGGAUCGUAACGGAAAAUGAUGACAAAGUACUUCUGGACCCCCCUCUAAUUGCUCUGGACAAGGACGCUCCUCUUCGCUACGCAGGUGAGAUUUGCGGCUUCAGGAUCCACGGGCAGAAUGUCCCCUUCGAGGCAGUGGUCCUGGACAAGUCCACUGGCGAGGGGGUCAUCCGGGCCAAGGACAAGCUGGACUGCGAGCUGCAGAAGGAGCACACCUUCACUAUCCAAGCGUACGACUGUGGAGAGGGCCCUGAUGGCGCCAACAUGAAGAAAUCUCACAAGGCCACUGUCCACAUCCAGGUGAACGACAUCAAUGAGUAUUCACCAGUGUUCAAGGAGAAGUCCUACAAAGCCACCGUUAUCGAGGGAAAGAAGUAUGACAGCAUCCUGAAGGUGGAGGCGGUCGACGCCGACUGCUCUUUCCAGUUUAGCCAAAUCUGCAAUUACGAGAUUGUCACCCCUGAUGUGCCCUUCACCAUCGACAAAGACGGCUUCAUCAAGAACACGGAGAAACUGAGCUACGGCAAAGAGCGCAUGUAUAAGCUGACCGUGACGGCCUACGACUGUGGAAAGAACCGCGCCUCUGAGGACGUUUUGGUCAAGAUCAGCGUCAAGCCAACCUGCAAACCCAGCUGGCAAGGCUUCAAUAAGAGGAUUGAAUACGAACCUGGCACAGGCAGUCUGGCCCUUUUCCCCAGCAUGCACUUAGAGACCUGUGACGAGCCAAUCACCUCCAUCCAAGCCAGUAUUGAACUGGAAACCAACCAUAUUGGAAAGGGAUGUGACCGUGACACCUACUCUGAGAAGUCCCUGCACAAGCUUUGUGGAGCCAGCUCCGGCACCGUGGAGCUCCUGCCCGCACCCAGCAGCUCUGCCAACUGGACAGUGGGGCUGCCCACUGAUAACGGGCACGACAGCGACCAGGUGUUUGAGUUCAAUGGCACCCAGGCCAUCAAGGUUCCUGACGGCAUGGUGAGCACCAGCCUGAAGGAGCCGUUCACCAUCUCUGUUUGGAUGAGACACGGCCCCGGGGCCCAUGAGAAGGAGACCAUCCUCUGCAACUCUGACAAGACAGAGAUGAACAGACACCAUUACUCGCUCUACGUGCACAACUGCAGGCUGAUCCUUCUCCUCCGCCAGGAUCCAUCAGAGACUGAGAACUACAAACCAGCAGAGUUUCACUGGAAACUCGACCAGGUGUGCGACAAAGAGUGGCAUCAUUACGUGCUGAAUGUGGAGUUCCCCACUGUGUCGCUGUUUGUGGACGGGACUACCUUUGAGCCCUUCCUAGUUACAGAGGACUACCCGCUGCACACCUCCAAAAUCGAAACUCAGCUCACCAUUGGUGCCUGCUGGCAAGGCGGAAACGCUCGAAUGGCUCAGUUUUUCCGGGGGAACCUUGCAGGGCUGAUGAUCCGCUCUGGCAAGCUGGAGAACAAGAAGGUGAUCGACUGUUUGUACACCUGCAAGGAGGGCCUGGAUGUGCAGCUGCCCGAGGAGGUAGCUUCGACUGUCAAGGUGGAGUUCAACCCCAACCAGUCCUCCCUGACCGUUGAAGGCGACGACAUUGAUGCUUUUGACAAGGUCAUGCAGCACAUCUCCUACUUGAACUCCCGCCAGUUCCCGACCCCCGGCAUCAGGCACCUUCGCAUCUCCACCACCGUCAAAUGCUUCAACGAGGAGUCCUGCGUAACAGUGCCGGAUGCUGAAGGUUACGUGAUGGUGCUGCAGCCCGAAGAGCCCAAGAUCAGCCUGAGCGGAAUCGACCACUUUGCCCGCAGCGCCGCCGAAUUCGAGAGCCAGGAAGGUGUGACGCUGUUCCCUGAGCUGCGCAUCGUGAGCACCAUCACCCGCGAAGUAGAAGCCGACGCCGAGUCUGAAGCCGCAGAGGGAGCUGACGAUGACCCCACAGUCCAAGAGACAGUGGUGUCGGAGGAGAUCAUGCACAACCUGGACACAUGUGAAGUGACCGUGGCGGGAGACGAACUGGACGGGGAGCACGAGAGCCUGGAGGUGGACAUGUCUCAGCUGCAGCAGCGCGGCCUGGAGAUGAGCUCUUCUAACCUCGGCCUCGUCAUCACCGGCGUGAACACCAUGGCCAACUAUGAGCAGGUCCUGCAUCUGAUCCAUUACAAGAACUGGCACACAGAGGCUCUCUUUGACAGGAAGUUCAAACUGGUCUGCUCUGAACUCAACGGUCGCUACAUCAGCAAUGACUUCAAAGUUGAGGUGAAUGUAAUCCACACAGCUAAUCCCAUGGAGCAUGUUAACAAUGCCAUGGUGCAGCCCAACUUCAUCAACCCUGUCCAUCACGCCUCUGUGGAUCUGUCUGGUCACAACCUGGUCAACGCUCACCAGGCCUCAGUGGUUCCCAGCGCCGCCACUAUCGUCAUCGUCGUGUGUGUCAGUUUCCUGGUGUUCAUGAUCAUCCUGGGCGUGUUUCGUAUCCGAGCCGCACACCAACGCACCAUGAGAGACCAGGAGAACGGCAAGGAGAAUGAGAUGGACUGGGAUGACUCAGCCCUUACCAUCACUGUCAACCCCAUGGAGACGUACGAGGACCAGCACAGCAGCGAGGAGGAGGAGGAAGAGGAGGAGGAGAGCGAGGAUGGAGAGGAGGAAGAUGACAUCACAAGCGCUGAGUCAGAGAGUAGCGAAGACGAGGAGGGCGGGGAGCCAGAGGACCAGCAGGGGACCAGCAGACAGCAGCAGCUGGAGUGGGACGACUCCACCCUCACCUACUAGAACGACACACACAUACACACACACACACACACGCAACACAAGCUCCUUAAACACACACACAUCGCCAAUUCACACUCAGAUCCUCACACUCAUUGCUACACACACACACACACACACACACACACACUCCCCCAGUUUCAUGUCCGAGGAGCCAUGAUG